AUGCCUUCCGAGCUUCCGCCUCUACGCCUCGUUAUGGCCUGCGACGAGGCCGGUGUGCCCUAUAAAGACGCGAUCAAGGCCCUUUUGGAAAAGAGCCCUCUUGUCGAGUCCAUCGUGGACGUGGGCGUCAACUCUACCUCGGACAAAACGGCCUAUCCUCACCCCGCCGUAGAGGGCGCCAAAUUGAUCAGGGAUGGCAAGGCAGAUCGUGGCCUCUUCAUCUGCGGAACUGGCCUGGGAGUUGCCAUCGCAGCCAACAAAGUACCUGGCAUCCGUGCCGUCACGGCCCAUGAUCCCUUCUCCGUGGAGCGGUCCAUUCUGAGCAACGACGCCCAGGUUCUGUGCAUGGGUCAGCGGGUCAUCGGAGUCGAGCUGGCCAAGAAACUGGCUGUGGACUGGCUCAACUAUCGAUUCGAUCCCCAAAGUGCCUCCGCAGCCAAGGUACAGGCCAUCACCGACUAUGAGAAGCAAUUCUCCGGGACUGCCUAA